UCAGUUUUCUCUGAGGGGAGAAGAACAGGGCGCUGACGGAGAGGAGGUCAUUUCAGCCCCAGAAGAAGUGUCACGGAGGAGGAGAACAGCGCCCUUGAUAAGUGACCUUGCCUUGAUAAGACCACACCCUCCGCGCCUCGUCGUCGCCGCCGUCGCCAAGCCGGCCUGACCCGCUCUUGAGUCGUUAAGAAUAAGGGUCGUUCAGUUGUCAUGGGGGCUCGUCGGGUCAAGAUGAAAAAUCCACGCAGAACCAGCACCGAGGAUGAGAGAACACUCGCCACAAUCAUCAGAAUGAUGCGAAGUCAGAAGAAGAAGGUGCUCACAAUGGCGGCCACUCCUCUUUGGAAAAGGAUCGGAAUGCGAAAGUAUCUGAUGGUGUGUCUCUUGUUCCGCUGGUUGUCCGCGUUCCUGAUCCAGACGGAGUUUGUGCCUGACGAAGCGUGGCAGUCGACGGAGGUGGCCUACGUGUACACAUGGGGGAGAGGUCACUUGACGUGGGAGUGGCUCGUCGGCCUGCGCAACCAUCUCUUCCCCUUCGUAAUCACGGCCUUGUACAAAACGCUCAAGUGGAUGGGGGCCGACUCGCCGUAUGCACUGUUGAUCAUUCCGCGACUGGCGAUGGCGACUCUGACGGCGUUCGGUGACUGGAGCCUUUUCCUCUACUGUACAUCGCGAUUCGGGAUUUCGAGCGCAAAAUGGAGCUUGACCUUCAUGUUGACGUGUUGGUUUACAUUCUACUGCGGCGCAAGAACAUUGACAAAUUCGGUAGAGAUGAGUUUGAACUGCAUCGCGAUGUACUUGAUGCAAAUGCACCAAAUCGUGCCGAUGGUGGGUGUCGUCGCGUUGAACUUUGUGAUCCGUCCGACCGCCGUGGUCAUCUGGAUACCGCAGGUUUGGGAAGUGUUGAAACUGUUCUUUCCCAUGAGAGUGGCCCAUCGACUCCCGGCUGCUAUUCUUGUUGGGUUGAGUGUGAUCGUUGUGGGUGCAAUUGUUGACUCGUUCGUGUACGGAAAAGCUAUGAUGACCUGGCUGCGAUUCAUCCAGUUCAACUUUAUCCAGGGUGACUCAGCCCAGUUUGGGGAGCAUCACGUCCUUUGGUACUUUUACUCUGGGGUGCCAUCCAUCCUCGGUCUCAGCGUCGUCCCCCUUCUCGUCUCCCUCUCACUCCGGCUACACGAGAAGGAAUGGACCGUCAUUCUGGGUUUCAUAUCCUGCUUCAGUCUGAUCCGUCACAAAGAGAUCCGCUUCCUCUUGCCAAUCCUUCCCCACAUGUUUGCCGUGAUUGGGGACGUGUUCUACAAGUGUGGCGAGCUGGGUAAAGAUCCCGAGGUUGUAAAAAGGGAGAAGAUCGACAUUGGCAGAAUGCUCAACAAUUGGUUUUUCCUCACCCUGGUGGUCAACAUUUUGGCUGCUCUGUACUUCUGCUCAUUCCACCAAGGAGGGAUCCUCCCCAUCGCAAAUUAUGUCAACUUGCAGUCUGCUUCCAUCACAGCGCCGCACAUUUGGGUCAUGAUGCAGUGCUACUCCGUCCCCGUCUUCACAUACAUGCACAACCCAUCCGCCACGUUCGAGUAUUUUACCUGCGCUCCAUCCAGUCUUGCCGGUUCCGUGACGUCGCGCCUGCACAACGCCGAGUUUCCCUUCUCCACGAACGUGACCUUUUUGGAGGACUUCAUCUCCGCCAAACUCCUCCCGAACGGGACCCUGCCCCACUUCAUCCUCUCCUUCGACACCAUCUCCUCCAAACUGAUCAGCCUCUUGGGAAAAGUCGUCAUCAAUGGUGCUGCCCUCGCCCCCUACGAGGUGUGCUUCUCCCACGUCCACGCCCACUUCGGUGACCAACAAGGCCUCGCUCAGGUCCUCUGUGCGAAAGGGGUGAAAGACUGGGUCGCGCCGGAGGUGAAUAACGGAGGACACGACUUGUAACAAAAAUCGGACUACUAAUUCAUAAAUGUGUAUUUUAAUAGUGCUCAUAAUUACAAAAUUUCGUGUAUAAAUAAUCAGAAAAGGUGGUGGUCAAAUCAAAAUUUAGGAGUUGAAGACAAAUCUAGUGACUGGAGGUGAAUAAUAAUCAUCAUCACGACCUGUAAAACAACGACACGAAUCGGACUACUACCAUAAUUCAUAAAUGUGUAUUUUAAUAGUGCUCAUAAUUACAAAAUUUCGUGUGUAAAUAACCAGAGGUGGUCAACACUUGGGGGGAUGGAGACGGACAAAUCUAGUGACUGGGUCGCUCCGGAGGUGAAUAACAACGAAUCGGACUAACUACUAUUCUAAUUCAUAAAUGUGUAUUUUAAUAGUGCUCAUAUAAUCUACAAAAUUUCCCGUGUAUGUAAAUAACCAAGAUCAAAACUUAGGAGUUGAUAGAACACAAAUCUAGUCUGGUUGUUUUUUUUAACACCAAAACACUACUUAUUCGCCCGGUGAACGAAAUAAUUUAUACAAAUUUCCUAUAUUAUAUAAAUAUAUCCCUUCGCCUGUAACGUAUCAUAUUUAUCAAGCCGACUACAAAAAAAAUAGUGCAAAUGUCGCAGAAUUCCAGCCCGCUCCUUCCUCUCCUUCUUCUUCUUAUAUCUUUUGCUACGACGAGUUUGUACUUAAACUAAUCUAAUAAUGAAUUAUUGUACUAUUUAUUAUGGAGAGAGAAAAGUAGAUGAAAAAAAUCCUAUGUACUACGACUAUUUACAAAACUGAGAUCUCAGGUAUAUGCAAAAUCCUAGAGAGUAAAUGAAUGAAUAAAUAAAGCCAUGCGUCUUUUUACGAAA